AUGAUGUUCAAAAAAAUUCAAUAUAUUUUAACAAUAACACAAAUUUAUUAUUUAGAAAUUCUUGAAAAAAAUAUCUCCAUUGAUCUAUUAAUUCAAGCAAUUAAUCUUUUACCAGAUUUAACUACAUUAAAACUUCAUUCAUUAUCAAUAGAUGAAACAUCUGAAUUAACUGCUAAUGAAGUUUUUAUUUUAUGUUCAAUGAAAGAAACAAGUCAAAUUACCAAAGUCUAUUUGGAAGAAAUUAAUCAUUUUAAACAAAUUGAUUUUCUUUUUACACUUUGUCCUUAUAUGGAAUAUUUUAGAAUUGAACAGAUAAAUUUUAUGGAUAUUCAAGCAUUUUUACGAAUUAUUUUCAAGAAAAUUAAUCGAUUUAAUAAUCAUUGUCUUCAUGCAUUAUGUUUUCAACUUCCAAUAUUAGAUGACCAAAUUGUUCAAAAUAUUCAAGAUAUGAUCAAAUAUGAAAAAUUACUUUCAAAUUUUACAAUUAAACGUUUACUCGAUGUUAUCUAUUUACAUUGGAAAUGA